AUGAUUUUCGUUCGAAAUGUUAUUGGUCUCGACAUUGAAUGGGAUUCAGCUUCAUACCAAAGCAAGGUUUCAACACUACAGUUAUGUCAGAGAACUCGUUGCAUUAUCAUUCAGCGGCCUCGCUUAUAUUAUAUCCCCAACUCUUUGAGAAGCUUACUUUCGAGUCGAUCGAUCACUUUCGUUGGUGUGAGUAUCACGCAGGAUAUUGCGAAGCUGGAUCGCGACUAUGGUCUUAAGUGCUGGUCUGGUACUGAGUUGGGUCCACUUGCUGACAGGGUUUAUCGUACCCAGUGUUAUGGUCGUGCUGGAUUGGUCGGCUUGAUGUAUCGAGUUUUGGGAGUCGGUAUUCAGAAACCGGGACAUGUGACCCGGUCUAACUGGGGUAAGAUCUUCCUCUGCAAUGAGCAAAUCGAAUAUGCUACCGUUUAUGCUUCUCUUGCAAUUGGAAAAGAGUUGUUGAGUGGAAUAUAUAAAUAG